AUGGCGGGCGAUGAUAUUUCCAUGGAAAGUAGCAAUCUGAAACGCCGAAAGAUCAGGAGUCUGCCAGACUCGGUGCUCCUCCAUAUUCUGUCCUUCCUGCCCAUGAAAGACACCGUGAGGACCGUGAUGGUCUCGAGAUUCCGUUGCCUCUGGACUUCUGCCCGCCACUUAUCUUUCGAUCACCAUGCUUACCACAACUGCAAGGAGGAGGACACUUUUAGAGUCAACGACAGAUUUGUGAAUUUUACCGACCAUGUGCUAAAUCUGCACGAGAACCCCACAAUCAAUUCGUUCCGUCUUAAUUUAAACUAUGCGGCUGACGUGUACCCCGAUGAUCCUCAAUAUGGGGGUGGUGCAACUGAGGAGACAAGAAGGUCGGACAAAAUCGAAUUCGAGGGUUUGACAAAGCUUGAUCUUGCACGAUCAGAUAUAAAACAUCUAACCAUUGUUUCCUUGUGGGAUUUGGAGCUAGUUUGUCCUAAUGUGAAGAUUCUGGAUAUUGCUGGGUGCACAAUGAAUGUCAAGGCAGUGGUUGUGCCGUUUCUCUGCUUUGGCUUCUGUCUUCAUUUGCUUGUUUUAUGCUUCAGUUCAAGAGAUAACGUCCUGGAUGAAGAGUAA